AUGGCUUUUAAGGAGAAUCAGCUAACCAUUACGCUUCUGACCUCCAUCGUAGCAGCGGUGCUCGGCUCCCUCCAGAUAGGAUACCACACAGGCAACAUCAAUGCCCCAGCCAGAGUCAUUGAGGAGUUUUUCAACACAACAUGGAGGUCCAGACACAAUCAGUCAAUACCAGACCACAGUCUCACUUUCCUUUGGUCCCUCUCCGUUAGUAUUAAGGACUUUGGUGCACUGCUUGGUUCACUGGGGGUCAAAGGCCUUGCUGACACUUUUGGGAGGCGUAAUGCCAUCCUAAUAGUAAAUGCCCUGUCUGUGGUGGGCGCAUCUCUGAUGUUCAUGAGCAAAGCCACAGCCUCGUUUGAAGUGCUUAUUGUGGGUCGGCUGAUCUUUGGUUUGUUCUGCGGCCUGGUCAUGAGUCUGAACCCUCUGUACAUCCAGGGUGUCUCCCCCACAAACCUACGUGGUGCCUUUGCAACUCUGAACCAGGUUUCAUUUGCCUCGGGCAUUCUGCUGGGCAUGGUGGUUGGCUUGGAAACAGUGUUGGGUACAGAGAAGUACUGGACCCUGAUGCUAUCUCUGUCCCUUAUACCAGCGACGCUCCAGUACAUGACCCUUCCUUUCUGUCCCGAGAGCCCCCGCUACCUCUUCAUCAACAGGGGCAAAGAAAAAGAAGCUGAAGCUGCCCUGAGAAGACUUCGGGGAAAUCCAGAGAUGGUGAUGAAAGAAAUGGAGGAGAUGAGAGAUGAAGCAGCCCACAGUGAGACAGGAGUGACUCUUAGAGAAUUCCUCAAGAAGCGACGCUACAGGCAGCCUAUAAUACUUGUGCUCAUCAUAAACCUGGGCAGCCAGUUAUCUGGAUUCAAUGCGAUCAUAAAUUAUUCAACUAAGAUGUUUGCCCAAUCAAAUUUUGAUGAAGCCAAAUAUCUGACACUUGGGGUGGGCACUGUUAAUGUGGCAUUUACUAUAGUAGCAUUCUUCCUGGUGGAGAGAGCAGGACGCAGAAAGUUGUUGCUUGCUGGAUUUCUGUCCCUCGCAAUUUGUAACCUGCUUGUGACCAUCACAUAUUCCAUACUGCCCAUAGUUCCAGACAUACGCAAUGUUCAGGUGCUGGUGAUAUUUUUGCUGAUCUCAGCUUAUGAGGUUGGACCUGGGCCAAUCUCUUGGUUCAUUGCUGCUGAGCUUUUUGACCAGUCGGCCCGUCCCAUUGCUAUGGCCUUCACAAGCAUGUUGAAUUGGGGAGGGAAAUUUUUACUAGCAUUGCUCUUUCCACCUCUAUUGAACAUGUGUGGGGCCUAUGUCUACCUCCUCUUUAUGUGUAUGGCCUUGCUUGCCUUUACCUACACCAUGUUUCGUCUUCCUGAAACCAAGGGACGCACCUUUGAUGACAUUGCGGCUGAGUUCCGUGGGGCAGAGGGCAUUCCGCUACAUAACAAGACAAAUUUUAACACAUUCACUUGA